CGGCAGAGUAACAGUCCGAUCCUUACCUUCACCGAGCCAACAGCACCAGCAGCAGUCCAGCACCAUCAGCAGCGCCCCCCUCCAACGUCUCCUGCUCCCACCCGACCCCUGUACACGGAGAUAAUAUUACGCCAGAGAGAAAGAAAAUUCAGAAAGAACGUCCGCAUAAGUUAUCCCGUGACGCGCCAAGUUGUGUGCCAGCUUCUCGGGAAAUAUUUAAACUUAUCUUCCCUCUCCUCCUCCAACACCCUCUCUAGCGGCGAUAUGGCCAAGUUUUUCUGUGCAAGUGUGGUGGUGGUGGUAGCUAGCGCGUGUCUCCUGGCCACCGCGAGGGCUGACUCCUCCCCCACGGACUACGAGCUGCCCUCCAACGCCACCGUCAUCAAUGGAGGCCCCAUCGUCACCGGCUUCAGCUGUGACGGGCUGCCCUACGGUUACUACGCGGAUACCAACAACGAGUGUCGAGUGUUCCACGUGUGUUAUCCUUACCUGGACGCUGAGCAGUUCUUCCGCACUCGUAUGUGGUCCUUCAUCUGCGGUCAAGGUGCAGUCUUCAACCAGGUGGCGCUAGUUUGUGACCACAGCGUAAACUCCAUCCCAUGUGAACAGUCCCCGAACUUCUACGAGUCUUCCAAUGGUUACUUCGGUCAAACGGAACGCAACUUCAGGGAAUAAAUAUGGCUGAUGCAAAAACAGAUAAAAUUAGAUAACAAUUUAAGAGAUAGAUAAUAAAGAUAGAUUUGAUACGAUUUACCAAUAUGUUAGUGCAGAGUAGUUGUUAGUGGUAGGUGUUUAUGAAGGGUAAUGGUAGUUAAAUUUAGUAGUCCUCGAUGAUAAUGAUUGAUCAAGGUGUACAGACGUCAAAUGACUCGCUGAUCCGACCCCCCCCCCUCCCCUCCAGUCGUAAAAAGCAAUCAUUAGGUUACCAAACACUGACUUAUAUAUAUAUAGAAUUGUAUAUUGCAGAGAAAAUAUUAAUGUAUAUAGUCAGAAAGAAUGAAAUAAUAAUCAUCUUUUAAAUCACAGUGUAAAGUGUGAAUAGAUAUAGUAGAUUAUGAGCGUGGUUAUGCACCCUGUUGUGUGUGUGUGUGGGUAGCCCUUCCCUCUAUCCGGAUGAAUCAGAUGAAUAUUAAAUGAUUGACGCCCAAUUCUUCAGUAUGAUCAGCCCCUACUCAUCACUUCAGCCCCCUCUCCCCCAUCUCUAUUGACUGUCCGCCCACUAUCCCCUUGCAAGUGCCAUACAACAGUGCGCAAAACAUAUAUAUCUUGCCUUGUUGUUGUUCGCGUAAGACAUCCGGAUUCAGUGAAGGGGUUAAGAGAAACCGCGACCACAAGUACAGUACCCUCCUCUGUGUCUCUCUCACAUAUGCCAGACUUUCACUUCCCCUUAAUAUUACAGACGAUAUUAUAUAUUAAUAGGAAUUUAGAGCUAAAGUAGAAUAGGAAUGCAAUGUUUUAGCUUUAUCCUGCCUCUUGUAUGUCUCCUUGGUCUCCUAAUACCUUCUGCACUAGCGAAAAAUAUCCAAAGAACGUUGUAAAAAAAAAUUGCAGUUCUAUUUUCAGUAUUGAUUUACAAACUACUGUAAAAUAUGUUCUGUAAUCAUUGUUACCAAAUCAAACCAUUUUCUGACCAUUUUCUGAGCUGUGAGUAUUUAUAUAAAAAAAGUUUAUGAAUGUAGUAAAAAUAAAAAGCAAAAAAUCACUUAUUAGUUGAAUGUGAGUGAUGUUGGUAGCCCUGUUUCCUUUCCGCUGAUGUAAAUGGUACGCCUGUCGUCCGUUGUGUGUAGUUAGCUCCCAUGUUGGCAGCCCUGUGUGUUCCUGUUAUACUUAUGCAGUACGUGUAGCUGGUAAAUUUGUUUGGUAGUUCUGUGUUAGCUGCCGUGUAUAGUCCCUGAUGUAAGUAGCCCUGCAUGACCCGGAUAGCGAAAGCCCUGUUUGACUUCUGAGGUUGACAGCCCUGCCCGGCCCCAAUACUAACAGCCCUGUUUGACACCAGAUAAUGGCAGCCCUGUUUGACUCCAGAUAUUGGCAGCCCUGCGUGGCCCUGAUGUGACCUCUUCCAUUGUUUCCUCAGUUUAUGAUGCUGGACAUGCUGUUGUAUUUGCUUAAAUAAAAGCGAUGUUAAAGAGAGAA